AUGCCUCCUGUGAGCUGUGUAGCAUGUGGCUGUGAAAACAAGAAGAUUAAACUGGUUCAGUGCCUCCAUUCUCUGUGCAUCUCGUGCCUUGAGCAGAAUGUUGAUGAAGAUGGCUCCAUCACCUGUCCUAAGUGUAGGGCUUCAACACCGUUGCAGAUUGGACUUUCUUCCAUGCUGUCUUUGCCAGAUAGCUAUGCCAAUGUAGAGGGUGGUAAUGCAGAGCAGAAGUCUGCAGUGUCGUGUGAUGAAUGUAUGGAUGUAAAAGUGGCCGUUUCGAGCUGUGCAACAUGCAGCAGUCAUCUGUGCAGUUUUCACACUGAAGGACACAAGAUCUCCCGAGCUACACAUGGUCAUGAGGUACUUGCAUUGACUGAAGCAGGCACUGAGACUGCUGAGACCACUACUGCUGCUUCAGCUACUCAAUCACAACAUCGCUGUGCACUGCACCCAAGCAGUAUCCUGACCAAGUUCUGCACAAAGUGUAAGAAGUUGUUAUGUGAGCGAUGCAUUGGUACUGGAAAACAUGAGCGGCACAAACAAGAUCUUGUGUCUAUCAAUGCUGCAGCAGAGAAGAUGAGAGCAUCAGUGAAUGAUUUGUUGUUGAGCUGUGUGUCUGAGAGUGAUGGCAUUCUGGAGAGCUCCAUUGAGAAAGUACAGGCCUCCAUUCGUAACCUUCAUGAUCAGAUAGAGCUUGCAUCAGAAGAGGCUGUGCUAUUUUUCCGUUCUCUGGUAGAAGCUAUUCAGAAACGUGAAACCAGUGUUCUGAAUCAACUUGAUAAUCUUCGAAGUCAGGCACUUGGACCUCUGGAGAAGCAACUCACUAGGCUGCAGGGCAGUGUGUCACAAACGGAGGUGGUGAGAGGCAUGCUGGAAGCUUGCCAGGACAGUGUGGAUUUUGUGCGCAUGUCGUCUUGGCUAGUGAUAGCCUUGAACGGUGCAGCAGAGAUUGGCAAGAGUGAUGCUGAGCCAUGUGUUGUGAGCGGCAUCGUCUUUGCGGCAAGCGACACACGUGAUCUCGUGGCUGGCAUCAGCAAAGCGGGUCUUUGUGCUGAUGCAGCAAAGAACAAAGUGCGUUGCUCAGGCAAUCGUAAGAUGGGCAGUGACGUUGAGAUCGACAUAGAGAUGGAGCACCUGCCCGAUGCUGCUACUAUCAGCCAAGACCAGCUGAGGAAGAUCGAUGUAGGAGUUUGUGUGACAAAUCCGGACGGCAAGACAGUCCAGUGCGAGCCCCUACAGCAAUCAUCUACUGGACAUCUGGUUACUAAAUGUCGUCCUGCUGCAGCCGGCGAAUACGCUGUUUCCACUACGAUUGCCGGUGUUUCUCUGAAAGGUAGUCGAGUGAAAUUCAGUGUUGUUCCACCAGCACCUGCUCAGCCGGCACCUGUACCUGUGUUUGAUAUCAACCGCUGUGAUGACUGUAUUCAGAUCACGAACAACAACCGAACCAUCCGUAUGUCGUCGUCCUAUGACUAUGAGUAUCGUUCAGUAUGUAGUUCACCGAUACAGGAACAGUUCGGUAGUAGUGCUAUAAAGGUACGUAUAGAUGUCACACAGUAUGCCGGUAUCUAUGUGUACUUAUGUGCAUCGUCUAGUCCAGUACUGAAUGAUGUACAUAGCACACAGGGUGAAGUGUACGGUUGGUAUGGUCGCGGUGCUGAUACCUCUCGUGGUGGUGGUGCUCUAGGCCAGCCCUGGCAGAGCAAUGAUUUGAUCACAUUGACAUUAAACCAUGAUGAUCAUAGCCUGACCGGACUGCAUCAUCGUACCGGUGUAACUGAAGUGUUGCGCAACAUCCCAACCGGUAACCUAUGCUGGUAUGUAUCGUUGUACUACCUGGGUGAUCAAGUUACAAUAGUCCAUUGA